AUGUUUACCAAAAUAGGCUUGGGCGGAUUGCCGCAAAGCAGUUGCAUAAUUAGUCUGCUUGUUUUUGCGCUCCGGGCCGGCCGUGUUCGCAUGGCCCGCUCCGGGCGUGGACAAGACGUGCUGGCGAUUGGCUCACCAAUUCGAGGUCUCAUUAGGAAUCUGUUCCUAAGCGUGAACUCCGUUCUCCAGCAGUUUGAGACGAGCCUCAGGCGAUGCGCAAUGUUGGAGUUGUAG